AUGCACAUGCACGUUCGCCUAUGCGCUCUGGCUUUCGCAGCCACGACACUACUCUCUUCGCCAGCUCUCGCAAUUUCAGCCGACGAAAUCCCUUCAGAUACCCCAGUUUCGUCUUUGCUGUCCUCCGCCCAAGCCCAUCUCUCCAAGGGGCAGACGAGCGACGCCCUCGUUUACUAUGAUGCCGCUAUCGCUCGGGAUCCCUCCAACUAUCUGACCCUCUUCAAGCGCGCCACGACCUACCUCUCCCUCGGACGAACCAACCAGGCGACCGACGAUUUCAACAAGGUCUUGGCAAUAAAGCCCGGCUUUGAGGGCGCUCACGUUCAAUUGGCCAAGAUCAAGUCUAAGGUUGCCGACUGGGAAGGCGCAAGGGAACAGUAUACUCUGGCAAACAAGGGCGCCACCUCACCCGAGCUCGUCGCCCUCGACGAGGCCAAGGGCGCAGCUCACCUCGCCGAGAUAGCAGAGAAAAAUGGUGAUUGGGAGGCAUGCGUCACUCAUGCAGGCGAGGCCAUCCUUACCGCGAACCGGGCUAUCUCGCUCCGCGAGAUGAGAUCUCGCUGUCGUUUCCAGCGCGGUGAGGUUGAAGAAGGCAUGAGUGAUCUGCACCACGUCCUGCAGAUGCGGCCUGGAGACACUUCACCACAUAUUAAGAUCUCCGCCAUCACCUUCUACGGACUAGGCGACCUCCAGAACGGCUUGACCCAGAUCAGGAAGUGUCUACACUCCGACCCAGACUCCAAGCCAUGCAAAAAGCUCCUGAAGCAGCAAAAGGCCAUCGACAAGACUUUGGCCAGGGUAACGAAGGCAUUCGACAAGAAUCAACCUAUGACCGGAGUCAAGUUGUUGAUCGACUCGGCCGAUGAGACAGGUCUGAUCACCGACAUCAAGACCCAUGUUGAAGAGCUUCGUGCAGAUGGCACCAUUCCCGCCACUGCCACCUCAGCUCUGUACAUCCGCGUGGUGGAAAUGGCAUGCCAGGGCUAUUACGACAUGAAUGGCAAGAAAGCUAAACAGCACUGCGAUGAUGCGCUCGCGCUCGACCCUCGAUCGUUUUACGGCCUCCUAUUCAAGGCUAAAGUAUUGAUGGACAAGGAGGAAUUCGAGGCUGCCAUUAGGUCUUUGGAGGAGGCCAGCAAUGCUAGACCUGACAAGAACGACGUCACCCAGCCUCUAAUGCAGAAGGCCCAGAUCGCGCUGAAACGCAGUCAGACCAAGGAUUAUUAUAAGGUUCUAGGUGUAUCCCAUGAUGUUGAUGAGCGUCAAAUCAAGCAGGCUUAUCGCAAGCUGUCAAAGCUGCACCACCCGGAUAAGGCUGCCAAGCAGGGUCUCACCAAAGAGGAAGCCGAGAAGAAGAUGGCGGCCAUCAACGAGGCGUACGAGAUUCUAAGCAACCCGGAGCUUCGCGAGCGCUUCGAUCGCGGCGACGAUCCCAAUAAUCAACAGCAAGGCAGCCCUUUCCAAGGAAAUCCCUUUGGCGGAGGCCAUCCAUUCAUGUUCCAGCAGGGUGGGGGAGGUGGAAGUCAGCAAUUCCAUUUCAAGUUUGGUGGCGGUGGUGGCGGGUUCCCAUUCUAG